AUGAGUGCCGAAGAAGAGUCAAUGCAAACAGAGACAAGUGAACCUGCUGUCAAAGUAGAAGUCACAGCCAGUGGAAAUGGUGGCAAUGAGAACUUUGUUGUGCUGGAUGUAGCAGGAGAAUCAGAAGAUUCUGAUAAAGAAGACAAGGCUGGGAAAGAUUCGAAAGAGAAAAGCAUCAAGAACUAUGAAUCCGAUGGUGGUAAAAAACCCGCGGCAGACCAAGUUGUUGUUAAGGCUGAAACUUUGAGCUCAACAAGGCCAAGGAAGAAGCCAAAGGCGCCAGUUGUAGAUGUUAACAGCUUGCGAAAGCGUAAAUGGCAGCUGAAGGUUUAUCCCUUGCAUGCAGAGGAUUUGCAGCUGAACUACAUGAGUAUACUGUGUAAACUAGCUUCGGAAAGCCUGCUGUAUAUCCCAAGCGAAGGCCGGCAUGGCAAAGCAGAGCUGUAUGUAGCUACUCAAAAGGAAACUGCAACCAUCAUUGGUAAAUUGCUGCGAAUGGAUUUUCAUCAUAACAUGUUGAGCAUUGAGGUGGUGCGGAAGGAUACUGGGGGAAAAGAGGACGGUACUGAAUCCAAGAAAGAAUGCAAAGCUUUUCUGAUGUUUGACAAGUUCCUUUCCAAGAAAAUAUUUGAUGCCAAGGGUGAAAAGGGCACUCUAGUCGAGAAGACUGUCACCUUAACCAAGCUGCCCAAAGCAGCCACCAAAGAUUUCAUCGGGGCACUUUUUCCCUUUUCUACUGAAAUUGAAAUUAUUGAGAGCGACAAUCCAGAUGAACGCAAAGCCACGGUGAAGUGUAAGACACCAGUCACAUCCCUGCUCGUGUACAAGUCCUUCAAGCGUCUGGAGAUAAAUGAUGUCCAUGUCAAGAUCUCAGUUGAUGAGUCAGUGAAAUCUAUCUCACUUCCACCGAUGUAUUUCAUUCCUCCACCUGAGAAGAAAGACAUUGGACCACCAGAUUCUGACAGUGCUUUGAAUCAGAGUUCCCUGCGAAGAAGACCAGGGAUUACCCCUCUAAACAGAAGAGUGCAGCUGAUCAAGAAAAGAGCCAUUCUUAACAUGAAAAAGCCAACUAGGGGACAAAUCAUGAGAGGACAGAGGCCAAACCAAGGUCCUCCUUUGGGUGAGGGGAUGAGAGAAAUGCCAUACCACCGCACAAUGCCACCAAGACGCAUGGAUGGUCAUCGCUUUGGGCAGGACAAGAUGCAGGGUCCAGGCAUGAGAGAGUAUCCACCAAUGGGACCCGCGCGCAGAAGAUUCAUGGAUCGACCGAAUGACAGACGAAACAGAGAACGGGACUCGAGGGAAAGAAAUGUGACCAAGGAAAUGCUGCAGCUUCAGAACCAGUUGAACCAAGCUAUUAAAAAUCAGAUUGCGAUGCUGAAUAAAACUCAAGUCGGAGGAGGGGGUGGCGGCCACUUGCUUCCAGAAAGUUAUCCGGUUGCAGGACCGUCUCAUAAACCCUUACUAGAGCAUCCGCCAAGACAUUUUGGUGGUGAGCCACUGGUUUCAUCUACUCGCGUCAUAGACCAUCAUCGUCAGCCAGGUGGCUUCGGCGGUGUCUCCUGGUCAUCUGAUCGUGGUGGGAGAAUCGAUAGGGGAGUUCGGAAUGAUACCAGCAGGCCAGAGAGACCUAUCAGAACUGGGGUUGAUCACAUGGAACGCCCCAGCAGACCAGACAAUAAACGGAUAGAUAUGAAUGUUCGGAUGGAUACCCAGCCAAGCAGGCUUGACAGAAACAGCCGUGAUAGACAUGACCGUAAUGGUAAAGGCGCAGAGCCGGUUCGUCAUAAAAACCCGAGACAGCCACCGGCGUUUGGAGCAGGUCCAAGCAGUGAUGCUGGUCGCAACAAAGGUGAAAGGUCUUCACUGAACAGGUCGCAUGGUUCAGAGAGAGGAGCCAGUAAUGCGAGAAGAGGUCCUGACUUCCCUAAUUCUGACAGGUCAGCUCCCCGCGGUGACAGAAGCUACAGUUCAACAACUUCUCAUGGGCAGGCUAGUGGCUCAGCCCGCUACAAUGAAUACAACCAGGGUGAAGGCGAUAGCUCCUAUUUCCGCCACUACUGA